CCUUCCUGGCAGGAAGGAGCAGCCGGGCGGGGCGCGGGGCCGGCGGCGGCAUCAGCAGCGCCCGCCCCAUCCCACCGCCUAGCGCCCCUGUCCCUGUCCCCGCCCCGCCCCGCCGCGGCGCGCGCGCACACGCACACGCACACGCACAGAGAGACACCUCAUACACACACACACGCACGGACACACACGCACGCACGGACACACGCGCGCACACGCACUCACGUGGGGGAGGAGGGGAGCGAGCGCCCCCCCGAAGAGCGGCGGCGGCGAAACUCUGCCGCCAGGGCGCCUCCCCCCGCAGCUGCGGGCCGGGCCGGGCCGGGCCGGCGGGGCCAUGGUGGCAGGAACUUCCCGGUGAAGGGUGACCCGCGGCCGCGGCGGAGCUCAGCGCCGGGAGCCGAAAGUGGGGCGAAACCCCCCAGAACUUCCUCGUCGCCCUCUGACCCCCCACUCCUUGCGCGCUCUCCGUCUGCUUAUUUUUAUUUUUCUUUCCUGAGACAUGUCUGAGGCUCCUGCUCAGUGUUGCAUCAAGCAGGAAAGAAUUUCGUACACACCUCCAGCGAGCCCAGUACCAAAUUACACUUCUUCGUCACCGCUACAUGUCCCAGUGCCUCGAACGAUCAGGAUGGAGGAAGAUGCAAUCCGCCUGCCGGCGCACCUGCGUCUGCAGCCCAUUUACUGGAGCCGGGAUGAUGUGGCACAGUGGCUCAGAUGGGCAGAGAAAGAGUUUUCCUUGAGGCCGAUUGAGAGCAACACUUUUGAGAUGAAUGGCAAGGCUCUGCUGCUCCUGACCAAAGAGGACUUUCGAUACAGGUCUCCUCAUUCAGGUGAUGUUCUGUAUGAACUCCUUCAGCAUAUCUUGAAACAAAGGAAAGCUCGUAUGCUGUUCCCGCCUUUCUUCCACCCUGGGAACUCUAUUCAUGCUCAGCCAGAGGUCAUAUUACACCAGAAUCAUGACGAAGAUACCUUUGUCCAGAGACCUUCAAGACCAUCCACAGAAACAGUCCACCACAAUACCCCAACCAUUGAACUGUUGCAUCGUUCUAGAUCACCUGUCACCAACAACCACCGUCCAUCACCAGAUCCCGAUCAGCGGCCACUGAAAUCCCCUAUGGACAGCACUAUCCGUCGCCUCUCCCCAGCUGACAGGGUGCCAGGGACAAGGCAUCAGCAAGAGAACAACCACCAGGAGCCCUAUCCUCUGUCAGUGUCCCCAAUAGAAAACAACCAUUGCCCCCCUCCUUCUGAAGUGCUCCAGAAGCCCUCCAGCCCUCGCCAGGAGAACACCAGGGUGAUCCAGCUUAUGCCCAGCCCUAUCAUGCAUCCUUUGAUACUGAAUCCCAGGCACUCCGAUUUCAAACCAUCAAGAUUGUCUGAUGAUGGGCUGCACAGGGAGGUAAAACCAAUCAACCUGUCCCACCGGGAAGAGUUAGCUUAUAUGAACCACAUCAUGGUGUCUGUCUCCCCUCCUGAAGAUCAUGCAAUGCCAAUUGGAAGAAUAGCAGACUGUAGGUUGCUUUGGGAUUAUGUUUAUCAGCUGCUUUCUGACAGCCGGUACGAAAAUUUCAUCCGAUGGGAAGAUAAGGAAUCCAAAAUAUUUCGGAUAGUGGAUCCCAACGGGCUGGCCCGGCUGUGGGGAAACCACAAGAACAGAACAAAUAUGACUUAUGAGAAAAUGUCCAGAGCCCUACGCCACUACUACAAACUAAAUAUUAUCCGGAAGGAGCCAGGACAAAGGCUUUUGUUCAGGUUCAUGAAGACCCCAGAUGAGAUUAUGAGUGGCCGAACAGACCGUCUUGAGCACCUUGAAUCCCAGGAACUGGAUGAACAAAUAUACCAGGAAGAUGAGUGCUGAAGAGAAGUGGUGCACCACCUCUCUGGGUCCAUGGGAGAAACAUCUGCCUGGAUGGCCAGUAUGAUUUGGGAGGGGAAGCAACACAUAGAGCAGAACUUGGGGUCGCCACUUAGCUUGAAGACCAUGCAGGACCUGAAGCACCUUAACAAAACAAAGUAACAGGCAGAAGUGGUGCUGGCAGCAAAGGGGAGAAAGCCUGGACUUAUGCACUACUUCACUGUUCCUACAGAGUCUCCCUUGAGUUCUUUCUUUAUUUUUGGUUUGUUUCAGUUUGGGGAGGUGUUCCCCCCCCCCUUAAUAAACAUGCAGUUUGACUUUCCUUAUCUCAUAUCUCACAUAGGACAA